UCCCUCCUUGCCUGCCGUAGAAAACACGAAAAAAAAAAAACAGUGGACAUGAUGGCAGCCAGUUAGCCUGUGCUCGGGCAAACAAUGUUGUGCAGACUGUGAUAUAUAUAUUUAGUGUGUUGACGAAGAAGGAUGUGGAGGGGAUGUGGCUGAAUAAUGGGCAACGUUUUUGGGAGAAAGAGUCGACCUUCCCGUGUGACGGAGCAAGACAAAGCCAUCUUGCAACUGAAGCAGCAGAGAGAUAAGCUGAAGCUGUACCAAAAGAAAAUCACCCUGCAGCUGGAGAAAGAGAGACUGCUGGCGAAGCAGCUGCUGAAAGAUGGCAAGAAGGAAAAAGCACUGCUGCUUCUUAAGAAAAAGCGAUAUCAGGAUCAGCUACUAGACAAGACGGAAAGUCAGAUUUCAAACCUGGAGCGCAUGGUUCAAGAUAUCGAGUUCAUGCAAAUUGAGAUGAAAGUCAUCGAGGGGCUCAAAGUUGGCAACGAUUGUCUGAAGAGUAUGCAUGAGAUCAUGUCGGUUGAAGAUGUGGAGAGGAUCCUGGAUGAGACCCAGGAGUCGAUUGAAUAUCAAAGGCAAAUAGAUGAAAUGCUGGCCGGAGCUCUGACGCAGGAGGACGAGGAUGCUGUUUUAGCAGAGCUGGAAGCUAUCACUCAGGGAGACGAUGUAGCACUUCCAGAGGUCCCCACUGAGCCAAUACCGGAAGUUCCAGAGGCAGUUAAAGCUGAACCAGAGAGGAGAGAAGCAAAGAACAAACCAGACCGGGAGAUGUUGGCAGUUUAACAGACUGCAUUUGUGGUCGGGAGUCUUUGUACCGAUGGACAUUCUGUUCAUUUCAGUGUUUCAUCCUCAGUUGUUAGUACGUGAAGGUGCAGACAUCAGAGCACCGCCACACAUUUUAUAGGAUCAACGCUGUCUGUACUCCGGCUCCUCUGAAGUAUUCACAAUCAGGAAGUGAAAUGUUCUUCUUUUCUCUGUCUGACUUUGGCGUAACAGAAUGAAAGGUCACAUUUUUAGAUGUUUUACACAUGAAUUCCAGUUGUGUUUCAUAGUAAACUUGGCUGUGGCAACAAUA